GCAAAGCCGUAUUCCGUAAUGAAUAUAACAAUACAGACGCUUGUACACUGCGGUUUGCGGUAGACUUUCGUUAUAAUAAGCCGAAACUGAUAAGAUUACAAUAUAGAGGAAAGUUGACAAAUAUGGCAAAAAUAGAACUACUCCAGUCACCUCUUCCAAGACUUGAAGAGAUUCAAAAGAAGGUGUUUUGUAAAGAAGCUACACAUUUUCUGUGGAAAUUGCAUACUCACUUUGAUUCGAAAAUAGAACAGCUAACCAAAACGCGUUUGAAAACUUCAGUUGAGUUGCAAAGUGCACUAGCAUUUAAGGAAACACCAGAGUGGAAGGAUAAAUCUUGGAAAGUUGGUCCUUUACCUUUGAGGCUUCAAAACCGCCACUUAGACCUGGGAGAUGUGUCUGCUUCAAAUGCUGCACAUUUCACGGCAGCCCUUAAUGCAGAUGUCCAGGGUGUACAGGUGGACUUUGAUGAUGGACAUUGUCCGACAUGGAAGAACCAGCUGUUGGCGUACAACAAUAUCAAUCUUGCUGUAAACGGGAAGCUGGUGGGAGCACCGUCUAAUAUAGCAACAUGUCCAGUUCUGAUGCUCAGACCAAGAGCUUGGAAUAUGAUUGAUCAUGAUAUUUUAAUAAAUGGAAAAGAGGCAAUUGGCCCAUUGGUUGAUUUUGGCAUUCUUAUGUAUCAUAAUGCCAAGAAAUUGUAUGAAGCUAAUAGUGGACCAUAUUUCUAUCUGUCCAAACUUGAAGGAGCGUCCGAGGCGGCUCUAUGGAAUGAAAUAUUUGUGUGGACUCAGAACGAGUUAGGCUUACCCCAGGGUUCCAUAAAAGCUUGUGUUCUCAUUGAGAAUAUCCUGUCUACUUUUGAAAUGGAGGGAAUUCUGUAUGUUUUAAAAGACCACUGUAUGGGACUUAACUGUGGUAUUUGGGACUACUGUGCUUCAAUUAUUUCUAAAUUUGGUACCCAUGAACAGUUCUUGUUACCAGACAGAAAUAAAUAUGUAAAUAUGGACAAGAAGUUCCUGAAAAGCUAUAUGUCGUUAGUUGUGAAAAUAUGCCACUACCGGGGUGCUUUGGCCACUGGUGGUAUGGCUGCUGCUAUGUUGAAGCCUGGAUCUAAUGGACAGGAUGAAAAGUCAAAGGAGAUCGUAAACAAUGUCUUGGAGAGUAAAAUGAAAGAAAUAAAUGCUGGUGUUGAUGGUUUUAUGGUGUAUGAUACUCGCCUUGUGCCCUACAUUAAUGAGCUUUGGAAGAAAAGCAGCUCAACACCAAAUCAGAUUCAUAGAAUAAUGGAAGUAGAGGUGACUGCACAGGAUUUGUUGACAAUCCCCUCAGGUGGGGUCACCCUACAGGGUUUGAAACACAAUGUGGCUGUGACUAUACUAUUUAUAUACCACUGGUUAGCUGGUAUUGGACAUUUCUUCUAUACCGGAAAUGUUGAAGACUCUGCUACUGCGGAAAUAUCGAGAGCACAGAUCUGGCAGUGGAUAAGGUUUGCAGUAACUUUGGAAGACGACCAGAGGCAAGUAACAGCGAGGCUUGUGGAAAAAAUUGCGACGAACUUUGCGGUGUACGCUCAUAAGAACUUGUGUCGGUCGAACGCAGAGCGCAAGAGACUGAAUGCAGCCAAAUAUAUGAGCUUGGAAAUCUUCCUCUCUAGAAAUCCCCCCGAAUUUAUAACAACCUAUUUAAAUGACAACCAUAAGUUUAGGACGCUACAUAAUAAGGCUUUGUUGAGUAAUCUAUAAUAAUAUUUAUAAGUAUAACUUGAUAUGCAAUAUGGGGACCAAAAAAUAUUUUCUAAGUUAUAUAUUUUUAAAGAUUUACAUUGCUAUUUGAUAAGAAAAUUAACAAGCCAAAGUAGACUGCUUUAUAAUUAGAGUAAGAUUAAUUAAAACUUAAGGCCAAUUAUUACACGGAAUUGAAAAUUGAUCUUUUUAUAUGCGUGAAAUGAGAAGACGUUGUACCGAGUUCAACUGUAUUGUAUAAAAAUUAACUUUGUUUAUAGUUCAUGAAGGUCAACAUUGCUAUAAUCAUUUAGCAAGAAAGUAGUACCAAGGCCUUUUACCGUAAUUAAUGAUUUGACCAUUCUGUUAAUUUCAUCUUAGUGCCUUAUGACACUGGCGAUUAGCGAGCGAUUUGAAAGCGACGCGACU